AUGGACCGCGCAUUGAAGGGGUUGGAUAAGCUGACAAUCGCAGCAGAGGCGCACACCCGCCGGUGGUCCCAGCAGUUGCUUCCGGACCUUCUCGCCCUGCUCUCCUCGGCCUCUGCCAUUCUUGAUAGACUCCCUGUAAGCUGCAUCAUCGUGUACAGCCCUCUGCGUGCGCACAUCACCCGCCCCGGCAUGAAAGUGGGCGUCAUCGGCAUUGGCGGGCUGGGCCAUCUCGCUUUACAGAUCGUGCGGGCCAUGGGGGCACACGUGACUGCCUUCUCCACCUCGCCCAGCAAGGAGGAGGAGGCCAAGAGAAUGGGCGCGCAGCAGUUUGUGGUGUAUGACGCCCAGGCUGCGCCAGGAAAGGGACAUCCGGAGGUGCCCAAGAGCGCGCACGUGGAUGUGCUGGUGAACUGCGCGCCUGUGCUGCCUCCUCAAGGCGAUUACAGGAACUUCAUGAGCCUCCUGAGGCCCGAUGGCACACUUGUCCUGACCGGGAUUCCACCAGAUGCUGUCGGGCCGGUGGGCCUGCUGGAUCUGAUUUUCAGGCAGAAAAAACUUGCAGGAUCGGUGGUGGGCGGGCGGAUGCUGUUGAAAGAAAUGUUUGACUUCUGCGCUACUAACAGCAUCAAGCCCGUGACUGUGACGCGCCCGCUGUUGCAGCUGAACAAGGCUAUGGAUGAGGUGGAAGCUAUUCCUCGCUCACAAACUCACCAUCCCUCCCAUCAUUGCCUCUCACCUACCUUUCAUCUCUCUCCCUCUCCCCUCCCUCUUACCACUUGUUACAGACGCGUCCAUUGUCGCAGCUGA